GAGCGCCUGUAAUAGUAUAUUCUGUAGCGCCUGUUCGCGCUCGAGAGCGUCUGGUGCGACCACGUCCGAUCACUUUGAUCGCGCUCCAUUCCCUUGUCGUUCUGAGGGGGGGUCAUUGUCGUGCAUCGCCUCGCGGUCAGCAGUCCGCGUUUAAGUCGCAUACGUCACAACUAUCGGGAACCGGAGACGGCAGAGACCGGAGUCAGGGUGGCAGCAGGAGCCGCUGGUUAGGAGUGGAGUAAUCGCGAACCCCCGAGUGGUCGCGAGGAGGUGGUGCGUGGCGUGACGACAGCGGUUUUUCGACACUUGAUCGCGCGCGGCGCGGCGCGACGGAGGAGAAUCGACGAGGAAACGACACCACGCGUGUGCAUGCGAUGUUAGCCGCUCGUCGGCCGAACGAAUUCGCGCGACGUGUUGCACAGUGUUCCUUGACCCGCGCGUGCGUCCCCACGCCACGCCGAUGUGAGUCGGACGAUCGUCCCGGGCUACGGUAAAUCGCUACGCGACAUUUAGGUAUUUAAGCACGCACGCACAUACGCACCCCCACAUACGGGCCGCAUCAUGUUCUGGACGAAUAAUUACGUGUCAUCGCCGCAUAUCGAGGCAUUGCUCAACAAGGAGGAUGUCACGCUGCACGAGUUGAUGGAUGAGGAGGACAUCCUGCAGGAGUGCAAGAGCCAAAACAAAAAGCUGGUUGAAUAUCUUACAAGGCCUGCUGUUAUGGAAGAAUUAGUUACGUUAACUACUAAAGAACCAUCCACGGAUAUUGAAGAACGUUGGCGCUAUAAGUAUCCCAAUGUUGCGUGCGAGUUGCUCACAUGUGAUGUGCCUACAUUAAAUGAGAAACUGGCAGGUGAUGAGGCACUUUUGGCCAAAUUAUAUUCUUUCAUAGAUACAGAUCAGCCACUAAAUCCACUACUUGCAUCAUUUUUCAGUAAAACUAUCGGAGUGCUAGUCGCUCGUAAAAGUGACCAGAAUUGGUAUUCCUAUCAGUUCACAUGCUUACAGGUUUUAGAAUUUCUUAAGAGUCGCCAGAGAUGCGUAGAUCUAUUGUUGCAACAUUUAGAGACAUCGGCUAUCAUGGACUUAGUACUCAAACUUGUUACUCAGGUUGAGGGCAGUGAUAUGCGUCAAAACAUAUUAAAUUGGCUAGAUAGUCAACAUUUAGUGCAAAGACUGGUAAAAUUGUUAGCACCUACUUCAGAAGUAGCCAAACACGCUAACGCGGCACAAUUACUUUGCGACAUGGUGAUGGUAGCUAGAGAAACUCAACGUACAUCCACAGAACGUGCUGAUCCAGAUCCUAUUUUGAAUACUUUGGAAUCAGGAGAAACUGUGAGCCUAUUGUUAGAAACUAUCCUAACAGCAGAAAAAGUAGAAAGUAGUAUUGUCGGUGGAAUACAAGUGCUUUUGGUACUUUUAGGUCAAAGACCCAGCAAUUCCUCAAAUGAAGGAGAUGUGCAUGGUAAUGGCGAAGACACCACGGAUAAUGAACAAUGUAUUAAAAUUUCAAACGCUACUUUACCAUAUUUGGAACAUCUUCAUAAACUUCUUCUAGAUCCACCAUAUAAACCUGCCGUUAAAACAACCGUUGGACUAUUAGAAUGUCCAUUGGGAAACACUCGUUUGCACGUAGCAAAGUUGUUAAGCGCGUUAUUGGCGACAGAGAAUUUAAAGAUCCACGAAAGUUUAGAAAAUUUGGGAACAUUCCAAACAUUAUUGGAUCUGUUUUUCAAAUAUACAUGGAAUAAUUUCUUACAUACACAAGUACAACAGUGCCUGGCCUUAGCUAUUAAUUGCGGACAACGGGAUAAUGAUAUUAUUUAUAAUAAUAUAUUUAUCAAGUGCAAAUUAAUAGAGAGAAUCUUAGAAGCAUGGGAUAAAAACGAGAGUAAACAAAACAAAGAAAAUGGUGUUCGCCAAGGCUACAUGGGACAUUUAAUAAAUAUUGCGAACAAUAUCGUCACUCAAUGUGAAAAAAAUAAUAUACUGGCCAGCUUCUUAAAGAACAAUUUAUCACCCGAGUGUCUUACUAAAUGGGAAAAUCUCGUGAGUGUACAGUUGGUGGAGAUUAAUAAAAUUCAUCGAACUGUAAUGAUGGGUGAUCAGACUCCAGUGUACCUGAUGAGCUCCGAGGAAAAUCCAAACGAGUACAACUCUUAUUCGCAAGAGACAUACAUUCAACAGAUGUACUCCAAUUAUCAGGGUCAACAAAUAACACCUUCGUUCAUCGAGAACUUUGGAUUUCAUGACGAUGAGUUUAACGACGGUGAUGAUGCGCUUCAUAAUCCAGUUGACCAAUUAACAACGUUGGCCUUUACUCUCAGUGAAGAAGAUCUCGACAAGCGAGAAGAUAUGUUCAAUAAGCUGUGCCAACAAAAACAAAAAGCCGGGCUUGAGGAUUGCGGUAGUGGCUUAGAAUGGGGAGACGAGGGCGAACUGACGUUCCAGACUGUGGUGGAUAAACGGGAUUGGCACUCGAAGCAGCAGCAUCAGGAUUCUAGUUCGUCGGACGAGGAUGACGAGGAACCACGUGACAUGCAUAUGGAGGUCGACACGACUGAUCCUUGGGACACUACCGAACCACUGAACACUGGCACUAUACUCCCGCCGGUUAAUCCGUGGGAUGUAGUGCCGUCAGAGCCAGUAGAAUCCACUGGAUGGGCCAAUUUUGAAAAUUUUGAGAAUACUUUGAGUAUAGAGAACACCGUAAGCGAAGAUAAAAAGUCGUGCGAUGUGCUUAAAGAUAAAACAUCAGAAGCAACAGCCGCAAACUUAACGGAAAAGAAUAUGGCUUCUAGCGAAAAUAUUGGAGAUGGCAACGAAAAGAAUAAAGAUUAUGUAGAUAGCCAAGUAGUUGAGACGGAAUUACCAGCUGCGGAAACUAAUCUCGACGGCAAAAGUGACAGCAAAAAUGACGAGCACAAAAUGAUCUCUACGAAUGAGACCGUCAAUCCUAGCGAGUUACCGGUUAACAGAGAUCUUAAGAGCACGGCGGAGAACGAAACCGUAAAGGAUGCGAACAUGGAGAACGAAAAACCGUUAAUUGAACAUCAAAUCCCAGUCGCUUCGUCGGAAAGUACAUCCGCUGGCACUGUUAAUGCCCUACCGGUGCCUAAAGAUGCUAAAUGAAAUGAAAUUUCCCCUUGCCUACGUUAAAUCAUCUAUGGCAAUAGGAAGAGAGAAUCAUAUCAGUAUCAAGUCGUACGCGAACGAUCGGAAGCAUAUUGCGCCUUCUCUAUUUUUCAUUAGACACCACGUUAAUUAUGCUUUAAGAAAACGUUGACGCUGGACACAUUGUGGUCCCGCUGCAGGGUAUCUCUUUGAAUAAAUCCGGAAUGCCGAAAAAUGAUCGACGCUCAACUACACUUAGCGAAUAAUUUGAUGUUCAUUACAUGUAGGUACAUCCCAUUCCCUUUCUACCCCUCGCCCCGUCCCUCAAAUGGCCAACGUCUAUAAGUAUCCUUGCAAAAAUCAAGUCCUCCCUCUACCCCUAUAUUUUACGAUUAUUGUUAAGAGUUUCAACUGACAAUGAGUGUACGUUAGUUCGACGAGAGCAGAAAAA